AUGGCACAAGCCGACGUGGUGGCUUAUAACAUUGCGGCAUUCCUGGCCACCUUGUUCCUCCUUGAAUUUGGUGCCGAUAAAUUCAUCGAUCACACUGCUGUCAUUGCGCGCCGCACUGGAGUGUCCGAGACCGUUAUUGGGCUCAUCACAGCUGGCGGCGAGUGGGAAGAGCUUGCUGUGGUUGUCGCCUCCCUGGCACGCGGUCGCUCGUCUCUUGCCAUUGGCAAUAUUAUCGGCGCCGCCAUCUCCAACAUUCUAGGGGCAUUUUCCCUCGGCCUUGUAUUCUAUGAAAGAGGAAAGCCGAUUGAAUUUGAUAGAAGUUCACGGAUUUACUCUCUCUUUCUACUCAUUCUCACAACCUUUGUAACACCAGUUGCCUAUUUUUCAAAAUAUAGAAUUUGGUUAGUUUGCGGAUCCCUCCUCGUCGCCAUAUUCACCAUCUAUCUGCUGGCCGCCGGGGUAGCAAUUGGCAAGGGAGUCCUUACGCCACCAGAGGACUCGGAUGAUGAUAGUGACGACAACGUCUCUGACGCAUCGAGCGCCAUGAGUGUAUCCGGAGCUGGGGACCAGGACCAGAUCACUGUUGCGACAAACACCAGAUCGGAUGCACAAACUGACGGUGAUAAGGUUCAGCCGAGCGCUGAUUCGCUACCAACUUCAUCAUUAUCAUCAGGAUCACCAGAGCCGAGACCGAGUAGGAAGCAGCGUCGACUCCGAUACCACGUGUUCUAUCUCCUCGUUGGCUUCCUCUCUAUCUGCCUGGCAGGCUAUGUUCUUUCCCAAGCCGCUACUAAUAUUACAGAUCAAUUUGGCAUUUCCGAUGUCCUUUUUGGUGUUAUAAUCCUUGCAAUUGCUACAACACUUCCAGAAAAGUUUGUCGCAGUUAUGAGUGGCCAUCGCGGACACCCAGGCAUUCUGGUUGCGAAUUGCGUUGGAAGCAAUGUCUUCCUUCUCGCUCUUUGUGUCAGCAUUAUUAUGCUUAGUAGCAGAGGCACGUUGGAUGCGGGCAAUGUCACUAUUGCAGAGCUGGUCGUCUUGUGGACCUCCACCCUCGCUGUGACGUUGACCGUCUGGUUUGGGGGCCGGUUCUGUCGUUGGAUCGGCGUGUUGAUGCUAGCCAGCUAUGUCGUUUUCAUUGUGCUGGAAUUCACUAUUAUUCACCGAGUCGCGGACUAG